AUGGCAUUUAUUACCAUAUCACUGACAUUUCACCUCUCUUUCUUUUAUAUUCUCACACUUGAUCCCACAAAAACGAGAAGUUUUCUCCUUCCAAUUCCAUAAUCUUCAUUAUCAUUAUGGAUCAACCUCUAAAAUUAGACCCAACUCUCUCUCAAUCUUCCUCAACCAUCAUCUCAGUAGACAAUAAUCCAAAGCAACAACAAGAAAAUCCUCAAGUAGAUCAUAUUUUGUUGGAUCUGAGCCUUGCAAACAAGAAUUCCGAUGAAGGGUCCAAUCCAGAGCUCAACCUCAUCGAUUGUUUUAAGUCUAGUAAUUCAUCAUCUCAAGAUUCAUUAGACGAAAAUACUGCUACAACUACAACUACUACUCUUCAAGGUAAUAAUAAUGAAACCGAGCCUCGAGUUUUUUCAUGCAACUAUUGUCAAAGAAAAUUCUAUAGCUCACAGGCGCUCGGUGGCCACCAGAAUGCCCAUAAACGAGAGCGAACUCUCGCGAAAAGAGGCCAAAGAUCGAUCAGCAGUUCAGCUUCUUUCUCUUUUCCUCAGUCUAGUUCUCAACUAAACAGAUAUCCCAGUAUGGCGUCUCUUCCUUUGCAUGGUUCUUUCAACCGAUCACUUGGAAUUCAGGUUCACUCCAUGAUUCACAAGCCAUCUUUUGUGUCUUCUCCGAUCGCUUCUUCGAACGUUUACAGCCAAAAUAGGUGGCCUAGGCAAGCGGCGAUUGAGCAGCAGCCGGCAAUUGGGAGGCUUAAUUCACAAGAGAAUAAUUUCCAAGUGGGAGGAUCAUCUUCUAGUAAUGUAGCUGCAAGAUUUGAAGGUGUUAAAAAAUUUUCUGAAGGAAAUAUUGGAGGAAUUUGGUGGGAUUUUGUUUGCCCUUUUAAGACAAAAAAAGAUGAAUUGCAAAAACUGGACUUGUCCCUCAAGCUCUGAGAAGGUUUUUUUUUUUUUUCCAUUAUUUCUUUUGUUAUUUUCUUUAUUUUUCAGUGUAGAUGGAUAAUUUUUUUUUUUGUGGGUUUUUUAGUUGAGCCUUUUGUAAAUGCUUUCUGGCAAUAGAAGAUUAAUUUUGAGAGGUUUUCUUAAUAAAAUUCUUAAGUUGGAAUGGCUUGAAUUCUGUGUAA